UUCUACGAAAUAUAACCUAGCAUUUCGUCUCGUCCAGUUCUGAGUUCCACACUUUGAGAAUCGAGAUAGGAACAACAACAGUAAUAAGAAAUAAGGCGCAAUAUAACGUAGAGAGGUUGAAGGUACAAAUCCACCAACCGGUAGGGCAACGCACAAAAAUCCUUGUCAUUGUUGCCGUAGCGUUCGCGAAGCGAAGAGUGAUACGAGACAUUAUUAUUUUUGUGAAUGUCUUUUUAUCAUGGAGCUUGACAAUUCGAUAUUGAUGCAAAAGCAAAUACGGGAUAAUUCGGAGGAUCUGCAGAGCGAAUUCCUGGACAUGAAAAAUUGGGAAGAGCAAAUGAAACGGAAGGAGCAAGAGAUACUGAGUGAACACAACGGACAGCAAAUUGUACCACCGGUCAGAAGCAAGAAUAAGAAAAAAUGUGCGGUAAAAGAAAACAAAACGUCUAAGAAUUCUUCGAAACGAAUAAAAUCGCAUGACUAUACAUCGUGGGAGAAAUUUGACGUUGACAAGGCAUGCAAGGAAUUGGAGAAUGAAGGACAGUCCGAUGAGUCUGUGGAGGAACCUCUGUCCAAGGAAGAAUUGGAGAAGAAUCACAACAAGGCGAUGGAAUACAAGGAGCAGGGCAACAGUUAUGUGAAACAGAAGAAAUGGGGCAAAGCGAUCGCUUCGUACAGCGAAGCAAUACAAAUUUUUCCUUAUGACGCCAUCUUUUACGCCAAUCGUGCGCUUUGUCAUUUGAAGCAAGACAACUUGUAUUCGGCAGAAGCAGACUGCUCAUCUGCCAUACAAUUAGAUCAAACUUAUGUGAAGGCUUAUCAUAGACGAGUGACGGCCAGAUUAGGAUUGAAACAAUACAAAGAGGCAAUGGAAGAUGUAAAUAAGAUUGCAGAUUUGGAACCCUGCAGCAAGGAAACUGAAGUUUUGCUUAACCAAGUUAAAAAGCAGUUUGGAAAUUCAUCUAGGUCAAAAAUAGAUGUAUGUACAACCGAGGUAUCUGAUAACCAAAAGAGAUAUCAAGAAGUAAUUGAAGCUAAGGAGGAUAAAAAUGAAAAGAGCAGCAUAAAUGUAGAUAAUACUGUAAAACCAACAACAAGUGAAACAACCACAAGUGCAACAGAACCGAAGAAGGACCGACGCAUUCCAGAUUGGCUGCCCGAAAGGGAUAAUGUUGAAAUCGUGGAACCUAUUGAUAAACCUCCUCAUCUACGUUCAAAGGAACCAUUGAAAAGGAUACCUGUGCAGAUGGCUGAUUUAAGUAAACCUCUCAAAGAACUUUUCAAAGAAGACAUCAAAGCAACAUGUAGUAAAAGUCAAAAACAAGAAUUAUCAUAUAUACGACCUGAUAAUGUCGCAGGACGAAAGGAAAGCGUUGCAAUAUGUAAACCAAAAGAAAGUUUUGUCGAAAGUUGCAAAGAAAUGCCACCUAUUCCGAUAAACGCCGUGCAGUUUCUAAUAAAUUGGAAAAAGUUUACCUCAUUUGAUUUUCGAUACAAAUAUUUAAAACAAAUACCACCAGGUAGUCUGUCAAAAAUAUUUCAAGAUUCAAUGGAAAGCGAUAUUUUUAGUGGUAUCUUGUCGACACUCAAAACAGAAUUUAUGAAACGGAAUGAACCUAUAUUCUCGUAUUUAAAGGAUCUCAGUAAUGUUAAGAGGUUUAGGACGUUUAUUAUGUUUAUCAGUAGCUCCGAAAAGCAAGAUCUUAAACUUAUGUUCUCAUAUUGUAUUACGUCUGAAAGGAUACCUGAUGAAGAAGUCACAGAUUUACAGAAUAAAUAUGAAAUUUAAUAAGAUUUAACUCUAAUAAAAAUAAAGUUAUAUAUAGGAUAAAACGAGGUAAGCUUAAGGUAUUGUAAGAGACAUUGAUUGUUUCUAACAAGGGAAUAAAUCGAUUUUUUUUAUUAAA